AGAUCUCCUCCUCCUCCUCCUCCUCAUGUGCCUUCUCAGAGCUGAAGUUUCAGAGCUUCAGAGCGCUUCGGCCCUGUUGAGUUCUUUCACCGCUUCAGGGAAUCCAUUUAGGUUUUAGACAAUUUUUUAUUUAUUUAACAAAUUUGCCGCCUCAGGGGAAUCAGUUGUAGUUCUCUUUGAUAGGGACAUGUUUUAGUGUUAAUAAGCGGCAACUUUUAAUAAGCGGCAGAAGUCGUCGAGAACUCUCCGGGUUUCAUGUAGACUUCCAAAGCUUUACCGUUUAUUUGCCUUUUUUUUGCCUUGUGUGGAGAGUCAUGCUUAGUGUGGAAGACUGACAGCCUUUAGGAUAUCCGGUCAGCGUUUGCAUGUGUGUUUGAGAACGGUUUGUGUGAGUGUGUGAGAGAGAGCGACCAUGACCCCGAAAGGAAGCCGUCCUCUACCGGAGAACUCCGCGGCGGCCGUGUGCUCGCGCUGCGCCGCUAAAAUCAUGCCUUACUUCAGGGACAACGCAGUGGCUUCACACAACCAGAUCCACCAGCUUAUCAGUGAAAAUUUCCUAACAGUCAAAGGAGCUGCUCUCUUCCUACCCCGUGGAAAUGGCUCCUCACCUUCGUCAGCACCCCGCAUCGCACAACGGCGCAACAAGCACACAGGUGAUCUCCAACAACACCUGCAAACCAUGUUUACACUACUGCGACCAGAGGACACCAUCCGGCUGGCAGUGCGACUGGAGAGUGCCUAUCCUCAAUGCACGCGCUAUAUGGUGGUUGUCUCCACGUUUGGAAGGCAAGACACCGAGGAGAGUGUGGUCCUUGGCAUGGACUUCACCAACUCAGACUGCAGUCAGUGCACAGUUGGUCUGGUUUUACCCCUGUGGAGUGACACUCUGAUUCACUUGGAUGGAGAUGGAGGUUUUAGUGUGUCCACUGUCAACAGAGUUCAUAUCUUCAAACCUGUGUCUGUCCAGGCUAUGUGGUCAGCACUGCAGUCCUUACACAAAGCGUGUGAGGUAGCCCGCUGCCAUAAUUACUACCCUGGAAGUCUUUUUUUAACGUGGGUUAGUUACUACCAGACCCAUAUCUCCUCGGAGCGACACUGCAUCAACGAGUGGAAUGCCAUGCAGGACGUGCAGUCUCAUCGAUCUGACUCACCUGUGCUGUUCACUGACCUGCCAACAGAAAGAGAGCGCACAGAAAGGCUGAUCAAGACUCGUCUGAGAGAGAUCAUGAUGCAAAAGGACCUGGAGAAUGUAACCUCUAAGGAGAUCCGAUCAGAGCUAGAAAUGCAGAUGGUGUGUAACCUGCGGGAAUUCAAAGAGUUCAUUGACAACGAGAUGAUAGUCAUCCUGGGUCAGAUGGACAGCCCCACUGAAAUCUUUGACCAUGUUUACCUGGGUUCAGAGUGGAAUGCAUCCAAUUUGGAUGAGCUUCAGAGCAGUGGAGUUCGUUAUAUCCUGAAUGUGACACGGGAGAUUGAUAACUUCUUCCCUGGACUUUUUGAGUACCACAAUAUCCGUGUGUACGAUGAAGAGGCCACUAACCUCUUGGAGUACUGGAAUGAUACCUACAAGUUCAUCUCCAAAGCCAAGAAAGCAGGGGUGAAAUGUCUGGUGCAUUGUAAGAUGGGUGUGAGCCGCUCUGCCUCAACUGUGAUUGCAUAUGCAAUGAAAGAGUAUGGCUGGGAUCUGGACCGGGCCUAUGAGCAUGUGAAAGAGAGGCGUUCCGUCACCAAACCCAAUCCCUCUUUUAUGAAGCAGCUAGAGGAGUAUCAGGGCAUUCUGCUGGCCAGCAAACAGAGGCACAAUAAAUUGUGGCGAUCUCACUCAGACAGCGAUUUAUCCGAGCAGCAGGAGCCUGCGUGUAAGAGCCCACGUACGCUUGGCCGUUCUGACCCACACAACCAGCAUCACAAGCACAAUGGCACGCGCUCUAUAAAUAACAUGCUCCACAUAAUCAACGGCUCACAACCUGAAACAGAAAACACCGGCCUACCUACACACCCUACAGGUCAGAAAAACUUCAAACAAGAACAACCAGGAGAGGAUCCACUGCUACCAACACUUCCACGUGCACGUGCAGCCACUGUAGUGCCUGAGCAGAAUCUGGCAGACAGCUGCUUUCUUAAAGUGGCAGUGAGUGAGCCUAUCGCAUGCCUUCAACCUCCAUCUUCUCUUCAUGUCCAUCCUCACUCCCUGUCUACCUCUCUCGGUGGACACAAGUCACUAACUGUGCCUGAGCCAAAAGAAGACUCUGAUAAGCUGUGCCUGGAUGUGCCUGACCAAGAUGAUUAUGUUAAAAACUCUCAGUCCUCUGGGACUCUAAACUCGGGAUUGUGCUUGGAUACCACGGGUGAUGUUACUGAAGCAAAAGAUGAUUUAGCAUCUUCAAGGACUCCUGUUGCUAGUAGCCCCAGUGAAGUUGUUCUAGAGUUUAAAGGUUUCACUAGCAUUAGUAGCUCAGAGGACUGUAGUAGUGGUGAAAUGGAUCAGAGGAUUGACAACAGCCAGCCUACCAGCCUUGGCACAGAUAGCAUUGACUUCUUCAGUGCUAGAGAAAAAUUCCUGGGCUUAUCUCGGGAUAGCCAGACCAGCUCACUUUCUGAAUCUUCACGCACAGCUCAGUCCCAAAGGCUCAGCCUGUGCUUGGAGGAAUCAGCAGCAGACAAAGAGGUUCCCUCUCAUUCAGAAACCUCAUGUGAAGCUGAAGCUCUUUCCGCAGCAGAGCCUGACCUCGUUCUCAUUGAUAACAGCAUAUCAGUGCAACACAUUGUGUCCGAACUGGAAUCCAUUUCUUCCUCACAGCCUUCAUCUCACAGCUCUGAGCAACCUGCACUUCAGGAACAGCAGGGGGAGAAAGACAAGGUGGAACAAAAAAUUUCCACUCCUCCAUGUGAACAGCCAGAGCAGGGAAGCGUCCUUUCCCACUCUUCUCCACACUCAGUAAGCACAGACGAUGCAGACUUGCAGCAGCUCUCUACUCCAGCAGGAGGUGCUGAUUCCAACAAGCCGGAAGCAGAAGAACAUGGUGAGGAGGCACGGCCACUGGACGAUGAUGACUCCGGUAUAAUCCCAGACCCGUCUGUGUGCGCAGCCACCGUGUGCCCGAGUCUAGAGCCAAGUUCCUCCUCAUCUUCACUAUUGUGGCUGGAAAGUGAUGCUGAGGAUGCGACAACAAGGCCACAUGACUUGCCUAAGAUACAGGAAACGCUGCGGGAGUUGCAAGCCUUCCUGUAUGAGGCUGGAGGAGUGGAGGCCCACUUCAACUACAGCCAGCACCUUGAGAACACACACUGCUUCACAGAAUCACAGCUUCGGACUCCAGCCAUGUGGCAGAAAGCCAUGGAAAUGGAGGCACGGAUUAGGCAGGCUGGUCUCACUCCACCUUCACUUAUGAAACGGUCAGCUUCUCUGGCCAAACUUGACCAGCUUGAGUUGUCGACGAAUGACCUGAACGAAUGGGACUUCCGAUCUGAGCUGCCUUCAUCUUCCUCCUCUUGUUCCUCCUCACGUUCACAUUUGCUCUGCAGUAGUUAUGAUGAGGUCCAUAAGAAACAGCGUGUUCUACCUCAGACAAUCUCAAAGGCCAACAGAACUAAAAGCUCCUGCCCACUGGACGAGAAGGACGGCAGCACAGGGCAGCUCUCUGACACCUCAGCCCCGCCCCCUGUCUCUGCAUGCACAAGGCAGCAGCACAUAAAGCCACACCCCAUACGCCGGCCACGUAAAGCAGUGGACAAGAAAAAGACAGUUCCUGUGCUGUACAAUACAAUGUAACACGUAAAAAACUAGAACAGCAGGGACUGUGUGCCAUGUAGGUGUUCUGUUAUUAACUUUUGGAUCCACAAGAUCCACUUGUAAGCUAAACCUGUGAGCAUAUGCUACUGUAUUUCUUGUAUAAUAUGUGUAUGCAAAUAUGUGCCCCUUUUUAAAUAUUACUGCAAAUAAAGGGGCUUGUUACUCAUGCACUUUACUAACUUGUUUUUAUUUGUAAUAUUAUUGUUUUUCUCCUUUUUUAGUUUGUUUUUAUUCCAGGAUUAUUUUUUUGCACUGAUAUGAGAAGUAGCCCAUGUGUGUGUAUGUUUCUGUGUGUGAUGAUCUGGUUUGUGCUGGAAAACGUAGAGAACUUGAGAUGUCAUUUUUUAUACUGUGGCUAUUAAAUAAAUAAAAUGCACAUUUUUUUUUUAA